AUGACUCUCGCCGAGGAAUUCCAAUCGAGAAAUUUCAGUAUCUAUGGACAAUGGGCCGGUGUGGUCUCUAUGAUCAUGUGCUUUGCUUUGGGCAUUGCCAACAUCUUUUCGCCUCCUAUCCGAAUUAUCUUCUCCGUCAUCUGCCUGGCCUGCUCGUUCAUCAUUCUCUUCAUUGAGGUUCCUUUCCUCCUGCGAAUUUGCCCGACUUCCUCCAAGUUCGAUGCCUUCAUCCGUCGCUUCACAACGAAUUGGAUGCGUGCUGCCAUGUACGCUGCGAUGUGCGCCAUUCAGUGGGUCAGUCUCGUCACCGGGGCCUCGAGCUUGAUUGCUGCCGCCGUUGUUCUUUCCCUCACUGCGAUCUUCUACGCGCUGGCUGGUGUGAAGAGUCAAGAGUUCGUCGGCAGCAAGACACUUGGUGGUCAAGGAGUUGCGCAGAUGAUUGUCUGA